GUGGAUAUGAGCAAAGUUAAGUUGGACGUCAUCAAACCAUGGAUAACGACCAAGAUAACUCAAAUUUUAGGAAUGGAAGACGACGUCGUAGUUGAAUUUGUUUACAAUCAGCUGGAGGAAAAGGUAAGAAUACCUAGAAGUUAACCAUUAUUAUCUUUCUUUUAGUUCAAUUUGGUAGAAUGGUCUAAAUAACUGAAUAAGCUAUUCAUUCACUCGGCUUUUUCCCCUCAGCAUAGAACGUUGAUAUUAGUAAAAAUUGUCAUAGCGAAACCAGCACUAUAAAUAUGAGAAUAUGCGAUUAUACUCAUGGCCCAUCGUAACAUUGUACACAAAUAUUAAUUUACAAAACCUACCAAAUAUUGGAAAACUCAUAUUAACCCUACCAAAUAGCUGAACCUACCAGAUCCAUUAAUCACUGAAUUCAGGUGUAAAUGAGAUGCAGAAACUUAUUUAAAGCAAGCCUUUGACUCUUCGGAUAGUACUAAAUUAGUCUGUCCACAUAUCAUGCUAAUAACGAACGUGACAUGAAAAUUGAAUCUAAGAGUAUCAUUUUAUCGAUACUAUGCAAUUUGACUCACAAUUCGUGCAAACCAUACAUUACCACAAAGAAGUGAAGUGCGUAGCUGAAAUUGUUGAAUUACACUUUGUAUGACAAGUUUUAUCACGUCUCUUUGAAUUCCCCGUUAGUAUAAGUAGAAACCGUUGCUGGGGCUCAACCCUUUUGUCCCAAUGGCAUUCGGAUGUGUUCCUCUCUGCAUCCGAUUGGCCGCCUUUCUAUCAGCCGUCAGCCAUAGCAUCAGCUCUUCUCCACUGGAUACUUCAUCUCCAUAUCAACUGCAUUGGACUUCUGCUCAACCUGCGGCCAUGUUGCAUCGUCCGUUUCAUCAUCAUCUAGCAGUCCAUUUUUGCGUCUGCACUUCUCGAACUUCUCACCAGACCUGUUUACGGUCAUCACCACCGUACAACAGUCUUAACCAAGGCUUGACGUCUUACAAGGACAUCAUAAUCAUCGCAGAAAUCCCAUGUCUGCAACACCAGUGAUUGGAGUGCAGUCACCGUUUGUGGUCCAAAGCAGCUAGCAACAAGCAAUGGAACAGCAAGGCCUUGAUAAGGCUUUCAACAGCAGGGUUCCAUCAGCGCAGUGGCUCAACGUCUGUGGGCCUAUUCGAGGCCUGCUGAUGUCUAAUCAUCAUUGAUCUCCGUUGGAGCGGUGCAGAGACAUCUCUGUUAGUGCACAAGGACACGAGGGACAAGGUUUUUUCCUGAACUAUUGCUGUUCAUUCUCUACUGUCCAUUGUCAAGGUGGGAGUGAAGUUGUCAAAGCUUCAAGUGGGAGUGGUAGACAACCAUCAUAUUCGCACAUGUUGUGACAAUCUUUGUCAAUAUGACAGUUUCCCGAUCCUCGAAAAAUGCAGAUCAAUCUGACAGGUUUUCUCAACGGAAGAAAUGCACGAUCCUUCAUGGGUGAACUCUGGGACUUGUUGGUUUCUGCACAAGAAAGCGUCACUGGCAUUCCCGAAGCAUUCUUGCAACAGAAAAAAGAUCAAAUUAAAAAGCGCUUGGAAGAACAAGAGAAGCUACAAGCAUCAUUGGCAGAAAAAGAAAAGGAAAAGGAACGUGAGAAGGAAAAAGAUGAUGCAGAAUUGAAGAUAAAAAAAGAAGAGAAGGACCGUGGAUCAUCAAAGGAAAGACGGAGGGACCGUAGUAGAGAUCGUGACAGAGACAGGAGCAAGAGGAGCAAGUCUCGUGAGCGGCACAGAGAUCGAGACCGCUCCAGCCGGAAGCGGAGAUCAAACUCACGAUCGCCCACCAAACCUACUGGAAGAGAUAACGGCAAAGAAAUGACUGAGGUCAAAACUGAAAGGGAAGAUUCGCCGCAACCGGAAAAUGCGAUACCUCCAAUGCCCAUAAAAACCAAACCGGAAGCUGCGGUAGCCAUAUCACGACUACAAGCUAAGCUUAUGAGCAUUGCUGACGGGAAAAAGAAAAUCAAUCGUUCACCAUCUCCGGAAGUCCCGGAAAAAGUUUCAAAAAAGUCACCUUCCAAAUCACCCAUCAGCCGAGCAAAAAAAUCUCGAUCAAAGUCACCGGUCACAAAAUCUAAGAGGUCACGAUCUCCGGUAUCGAAAUCACGGCGAUCCCGCUCCAAAUCUAAGGGAAGGAGGUCUCGAUCCAAGUCAAAAUCAAGGAGAUCAAGAUCUAGAUCUCAGGAUCGUUCCAAGUCAAGAAGGUCUAAAUCCAAAUCGCCUAUCUCAAAAUCGAGAAAAUCGCGCUCUAAAUCACCAAUCCGUUCGAAAAGAUCGAGAUCAAAAAGCAUCGAUCGCAGCAAAUCCCGAAAAUCACGUUCGGAUUCGAGUGAUUCUGGGUCCUCAAAGUCACGGUCUAAGUCACCCGACAAACGGAAAGAAAAAAAUAACGAUUCAAGUAGAAAACGGAAUGCAAGCUCAAGCAGCAGUUCUGGUUCCGAAACAGAAAAGGGAGCAAAAGAUAAAAAUGAUUUUGAAAUUCAUAAGAAGAAAGAUGGUGUUCAGGCUAAACGAUCUUAUAGAAAGACCAACAAAGAUGACAGCGGCAGUGAUUCUGAUUCUAGUCGUGAAAGAAAAUCAGCACCAAAAAGGAGGAGUCCUUCCCCCCGAAACGAUAGAUCUAAGGACAGAGACAGAUCUCGAGAUAGAAAUAGAAGGCGAUCAUCUUUCGAAAAAGAGCGGGACAGGAGGAGAGAUCGCGAUCGUGAACGUGAUCGCGAUCGUGAUCGUGAAAGGGACAGGGUGGAUAGAUAUAGUGGAAGCCGCGGCAUGAGACCACCAUCUGUACGCAGGGCUCCUAGCCGUCGAAGAAGUCCGCCUCGUCGUAGCCCAGCGAGGUACGAUCGUCGCCGUUCUCCAAGUCCAGGAGACAGGCGUAGAUGGCGGUCAUCUCCGGAUCGCAGAAGGCGAUCAUCGGAGCGACACGACAGGCGCAGAUCCAUCGAUCGACGAGAUGGCAGGCGGUCACCGGAGCGCAGGGAUCGAUCUAACAGGUAUGAUAGAUCCUCAUCCCGUGAUAGGUCUAAUAGACGAGAUAGAUCCAGAGAUCUCAAGGACAACAAAGACCGCAAGUCAUCCCCUGUUGGAUCAAGAGCUAGAUCCAAGGAACGUAAGUCAUCGAUGGAACGUACCAAAGAUUACAAGAGAUCACCGGAUAAGGAGUCAAAAGAAAAACCGAAAGAAAAGAAACCUCCUGUAGAUGAAAUGGUGAAAAGAUUAGAUGAUAGGAGACCACCGAAGACCUUACGGAAUGGAAGGUCCAAAUCAAGUAGCUCUCAAAGCAUGGAGAGUAGUUCCUCUAGUGAUGAGGAACCUGCAACCAGGAAAGUACCAGAUAAUAAACCACUGCCAGAAACUAGGGAACGCGAAGCUCUUGAUGAUGGCAAGAAAAAAGAAAAGGAUAAGAUUGUCAAAGAAGAUGUUCCUAUUCGUGCUGAGAAAGAAUUCAAGAAAGUUGAAGCUGUCGUUCCCAAAAAAUUAGAAGUCAGUGUUCCACCCAAAAAGAGUUCAGCUCCGAUACUUCCUAUCACAAGGCACAGGUUCUCGAAGAGUUUGUCUCGUACACCGUCGCCAUUUAAGAAAACUGAAGACAUAAUUGCUGCGGCAGCUAAAAUUAAGCAGACUCCUUCAAGGGAUAAUAAGGACGAGUCUCCCAAAUCCAUAGAAACGACACUUUCAUCUGGGGAUCUUUUCCCGUUGAAAAAAGAAGACAAAUUAAUUAAAUUGACAAAGACUACAACUGAUGACAAAAAGUUGAGUCACAAAUUGAUAGAGCUUCCAUCGUUGAAAAAAAAAUCAACAGAAGAAAUAAACAAAAAACUAAAGAGUCACAAAAGGGAGGAAUCUUCGGACUCUGACAAUAGUGAAGAUGAAAGUAAGAAGAAACUGAAAAGAAUUGAGAAGUCAAAGAAGUCGCGUAAAGAAUCAACCGAUGAUGACAAAACAGACAGAAGUAAAGCUGGAUCCAGCUCAGAUUCCGAAGAGGAGAAAAAACAACUAGAUAAAUCUAAGAAAAGCAGAGACUCCGGAAGAGCUGAUUCGCUUGAUGAUCGGAGUAAGGAUAGAAGAGACAAUAGAAAACGGGACAACAGUGGUGACAUUGAUGCCAAAAAACGCUUAAGAAGGGAGGUUGAAGAAGAUCUCAGAAAAUCUAAAAAGUCGAGAAAAGAUUCCACUUCAGAUGACGAUGACCCGAAAUUGAAGAAAAUUGGAAAGAUAGAUGAUGAUAAAUCCAAGUCCAGGAAAUCAAAGAAAGACUCCAGUUCAGACGACGAGCCGAAAAAGUCGAGAAAGCGUAGAGAUAGUUCAUCGGAGGACACUAAAUCUAAAAACAGAAAAUCGAGAAAAGAAUCGACAAGUGAGGAUGAGGGAAGAACGAAGUCCAAGAAGGCCAAAAGGGACUCUAGUUCCGAAGAUGAAGAGAUUGUUGAACGAGAAAGUAGAAAGAAAAAGAAACUUGAAGAUAGCAGCGACGAUGAAAAAGUGAAAAAAAAGCGCAAAAAGAGAACUAAAACUAGCACGAGUGAAUCUGAGGACAGCGAAGUGGAGGAGAAGAAAAAGAAAAAAGAUAAGAAGCACAAAAAGCACAAGAAGCACAAGAAACAUCGAAAGCACAAAAAGCGGAAGGCCGUCGAAUCCGAAGAAUCUGACGCAAGCGAAGGUAAUACCGAAGAACUGGAGAAGAAACUCCGGGAAAAAGCAUUGAAGUCAAUGAAAAAAGGACACAGCAUCGAACAAAGUGACUAAGAUGAUUAUAUUCAUAUAAUCUAUUUACAGUGAUGUCAGAGAAGUUUUUUUGUAUAAAAAUCUGCAAUCGUUCAUCAUGUUAAUAUUGCCAGACAAUUUAGUCGAUCCACUAAAUACCAAAUGCAGGCAUAGAAUGAGCCUCUUAUGUUAAGUGGUCCGAUUUCUCGAAGUAACUUCUCUGGUAUUUGUAUUGAAAUACACUCAAGUAUUUUCGCGUACCGUUAACAAAACCACAUACAUUAUCCAAUUGUAAUUUACAAAACCACGUUUUUGUAAUCGUUUUCGUGUAGUCGAGCCGAAGUGUAAACCUAUUUCCUUCGACUUCGAAAGACAAUCUGUAUUCAUACUUUGCAAUGUGAAUGACUUAAUGAUUGUGUGAAAUAGGUUUUCGCAUGAAAAAAGGACAAAUAACAAACAAGAAGCAUGGUACAUAUGAGACCGUAAAAAUCGUUGGUAUAAACUGCUUAUCUAUGAAUUAAAGGAAUAUUGUGUGAACUAA